CUGCAACUGCUGUUAGUGGCAUCUGUCUCUCAUGCUGAGGAGCCAGUGUGCAGGCAGAGAGGAGAUCCUGGGAACCCACUGCUAUGUAAGGAUGGGGAUAUUAUAUUGGGGGGUAUGUUUUCGUUUCACACCAGCUGGAAAGACAGAAAGGAUACCUACACGCACAAACCACUGCCACUUCAAUGCACCAGUUUAAAUUUCAGAGAUUUGCAGUUUGCCCAAGCUAUGCUUUUUGCCAUUGAGGAGAUUAAUAACAGUACAGACCUACUGCCGGGAGUCACUCUGGGCUAUAAAAUCUUUAAUACUUGUGGCAAUGUUGCCCGAAGUGUAGGACUUACACUGGCUUUGGCUAAUGGUAAUGAAAUUGUGUCUGUACCCUCCAAGGCAUCAUGUACCAGACCUGCACACGUACAGGCCAUAAUGGGAGAGACCUCUUCCUCUCCAACCAUAGCAAUAGCCACUGUUAUUGGACCAUUUUAUGUACCAGUAAUCAGCCACUUUGCCACAUGUGCUUGUCUCAGUGACAAAACCAAGUACCCAUCCUUCCUCAGAACAAUACCCAGUGACUACUACCAGAGCAGAGCCCUGGCCCAUUUGGUCAAGCAUUUUGGAUGGACUUGGGUUGGAGCUAUCAGAACUAAUAAUGAUUAUGGAAAUAAUGGCAUGGCCACAUUUACAGAAACUGCACAGCGCCUGGGCAUCUGUCUGGAGUAUUCUGUAUCUUUUUUUAGAACAGAUCCAUCUGACAAAAUAAGAGAAAUAAUUCGCACUAUAAAGGCUUCAACCUCCAAGGUGAUCAUUGCCUUUCUGUCACACAAGGAGAUGGAUGUUCUGAUACAUGAGUUUUCAUACCAUAACUUGUCUGGGUAUCAGUGGGUAGGCAGUGAGUCUUGGAUAUUUGAUUCGCAAACAGCAAAAAUGGAUAUACAUCACAUACUGAAUGGUGCCAUAGGCCUUUCCAUUCCCAAAGCACAUGUCACUGGCCUGAGAGAGUUCAUACUGGAUGUGAAGUCACUCAAUUCAUCUAACAAUGAACUAUUUACUGAGUUCUGGGAGACAUUAUUUAACUGUAAGUUUAGGCAGUCAACGUCAUCAGCAAACAUUCAGAGAGAGUGUACUGGACAUGAAGAUCUGAACGGAGUUCAAAACAGCUUCACUGAUAUGUCUCUCAUGCCUAUCUUUAACAAUGUCUAUAAAGGAGUGUAUGCUGUGGCCCAUGCCCUUCACAACAUUGUCAGCUGUAAUAAAGCAUGUAGCAACAAAGUCCAGCUAGAUCCAUUCACGAUUUUACAACACAUACGAAAGAGUCACUUCACAACUAAGGAAGGGGAUGAGGUUUACUUUGAUGAGAAUGGAGAUCCAGCAGCAAAGUAUGAAAUUAUAAACUGGCAGCCAAAAGAAAACGGCGUUGUGGAGUUUGUGACAGUUGGUCUUUAUGAUAUAUCAUUAGCUCCAGAAAAAAAGCUAAAUUUCCAAAACAAGUCUUUAAUUUGGGCAAGAAACUCAAAGCUGGUCCCUGUGUCAGUUUGCAGCGAGAAAUGUCCGCCAGGAACACGCAAGGUUCUCCAGAAAGGAAGGCCUGUUUGCUGCUAUGACUGUAUACAAUGUGCAGAGGGAGAAAUCAGCAAUUUUACAGAUUCUGCCACCUGUGUGAGAUGUCUCCCUGAGUUUUGGUCAAAUGAAAGACGAGAUGCCUGUAUAAAGAAGGAAGCAGUGUUUUUGUCAUAUGAAGAAAUUAUGGGAGCACUGCUCACUGCAGCAUCUUUAUUUGGGACAUGCAUGACUGCUAGUGUGAUACUCAUUUUCUUCAAAUAUAGGAAAACUUCCAUUGUCAGAGCAAACAAUUCUGAGCUGAGUUUCCUGCUGCUCUUCUCGUUAAUUCUGUGCUUCCUGUGUUCUCUGACCUUCAUUGGUAAGCCAUCUGACUGGUCUUGUAUGCUGCGACACACAGCAUUUGGCAUCACCUUUGUCCUCUGUAUCUCUUGUCUUCUGGGAAAAACAAUGGUUGUGUUAAUGGCCUUCAGGGCUACAGGUCCAGGUAUUAAUGUUAAAAAGUGGUUUGGACAUGUACAGCAAAGACUCUGUGUUCUGGGUUUCACUCUGAUACAAGUUAUCAUAUGCAUCAUUUGGUUAACAACUUCACCUCCUUUCCCAUCUCAGAAUUUUAAGGAAUUCAAAGAUAAAAUCAUCUUAGAGUGUGCCCUUGGCUCAGCUGUAGGGUAUUGGGCUGUGAUAGGAUACAUUGGAAUACUGGCCAUUUUGUGUUUCAUUUUUGCAUUUCUAGCUCGGAAACUGCCUAAUAAUUUUAAUGAAGCCAAAUUGAUCACUUUCAGCAUGCUAAUAUUCUGUGCAGUAUGGAUUACAUUUAUCCCAGCAUAUGUCAGCUCCCCUGGGAAAUUCAGUGUUGCUGUAGAAAUAUUUGCAAUACUUGCAUCUAGUUUUGGACUGCUAAUUUGCAUCUUUAUACCCAAAUGUUAUAUCAUCUUACUGAAACCAGAAAAGAAUACCAAGAAGAACAUGAUGGGGAAGAAGUCACCACAUUUAUUUUGA